UGUUAUGAAAUCAAGGCACAGUGAGAACAGCUGAUUUUAAAACACCAACUGUUAUCAGAAGAGAAGGAAAACGGGCUGGACUCCACUCCUCCACUUUGCCCAGUGGACCUGGAGGAGCCAGUCCUGAAGUGAGAUGCUGACACUGGCCACUCAAGGGACCCAAGGGCUUCAGGGUCGACCUUUGACCUCAGGAGUCGUAGACAGAAGCAAGAGGAAACGUUUGGGUUCAUCGUGCAAAGAUGAACUCGUAACAACAUCGCUGUCGUCGGCUGAGGAAGAAACUAAAACUUAGCUGUUCUCUGGGGAAGUUAUCCAGAAUCCACUGGAAGACAACAUGACAAUGUUUUCUCUUCAGGAUAAAAUCUGUAUUUUAGUACCUUGGGCACUGAUGAUGAUGAUAAUGAUGAUGAUGCACGUCGAGGCCCAGCCCGAGUUCUUCCCCCUGCCCAAUAAAAUGACCUGGAACGAGGCCAGGAACCACUGCCAGGUCUGUUACAAGGAGCUGGUGACUCUGACCCCCAGCAACGCCCCGGUCGUUGCCCAGAAACUAACCUCCGUCUCCUGGAUCGGCCUCCGCAAACAUCCCCACCCCCCCUGUCCCCCCAGUAUGCCGUGGAGCCGCUGGGCAAACGGGGACUUCCUCACCUACCAGAACUGGUACCCUGGUUGGCCUGUGUUGAAAUCCCCCGGGGUCGUCCCCGGGACUGAAGACUUGUGUGUGGCCACGCUAAAUUUUGGGGCUUGGGUUGAAAAGGACUGCUCCGAGCUGCUGCCUUAUAUUUGUUAUGAUGAGCGUUUCUCUAGCCAAGUCGGCAUGACUGCAGUGACAACCAGUAGCGCCAAUUUCACUUGGCAGCCCAUGGCUGGUAACAUCGACCAUUACCACGUUGAGACCAGAGGAGGCAUCAACCAGGCGACAAUCAGCACCAAUCUGACGGCAAUCGACACCAAUCUGACAGCAAACGGCACUAAUCUUACGACAAUCGACACCAAUCUGACAUCUAUCGGCACCAAUCUGGCGGCAAUCAGCACCAAUCUGACUGCAAUCGGCGCGCAUCUGACGGAAAUCGGCACCAAUCUUAAGGCAAUCGGCGCCCACCCGACGCCAUUCGGCACCUAUCCGACAGUGAAUGGCACCAAUCCGACGCCAAUCGGCACCCACUCGAUGACAAUCGGCACCCAUCCGACGACAAUUGGCACCAAUCCGACGAGCAUCGGCACCAAUCCGGCGACAAUCGGCACCCACUCGACGACAAUCAGCACCCACUCGACGGCAAUCGGCACCCAUCUGACGGCAAUCGGCACCGAUCUGGCGUCAAUCGCCACCGAUCUGGCGGCAAUCGCUACAGAUCUGGCGCCAACCGGCAACGAUCCCACGGUAACAGGCACCGAUCCGCCGGAAACAGGAACCGAUCCGACAGCAACAGGCACUGAUCCGACAGCAACAGAAACCGAUCCGACAGCAACAGGCACCGAUCCGGCGGCAACAGGAACCGAUCCGCCGGCAACAGGCACCGAUCCGACGGCAACAGGAACCGAUCCGACAGCAACAGGCACCGAUCCGACGGCAACAGGCACCAAUCCGACAGCAACAGGCACCAAUCCAACAACAAUCUGCAUCAAUCUGAUGACACUCUGCACCGAUCUGACAACAAUCGGUGCAAAUCUGACAGCAACUAGCACCAAUCCGACGACAAUCGGCACCAAUCCGACGACAAUCGGCCCUAAUCCGACAACAAUCGGCACAAAUCCGACGACAAUCGGCACAAAUCCGACGACAAUCGGCACCAAUCCGACAACAAUCUGCCCCAAUCUGACAGAAAUCGGUGGCAAUCUUACGGCAAUCGGCACCAAUCUGACGGCAAUCGGCACCAAUCUGAUGGCAAUCGGCACCAAUCUGACGGACAUCGACACCAAUCUGACGGCAAUCGGUGCCAAUCUGAAGGCAAUCGGCACCAAUCUGAAGGCAAUCGGCACCAAUGUGUUGGCAAUCGGCACCAAUCCAACGGCAAUCGUCACCAAUCUGACCUAUGACCUUUCCAACCUGACCGCGGGCACCCGCUACUCCAUCCAGGUGUUCCCUGUUAAAUGUGGGCGGAUCCUGAUCCCACAGGCCGCCACCUUCUACACCAAACCUAGGGAAGUCCAAAACCUCAAUGUGACCAAGGUGACGGAAACAUCAGUGUUUCUGAGCUGGAACAAACCAUCUGGACACGCGGAUUUCUACCAAAUCAAGGUCGACGGUGUUGAGAGUUCCAAAACCACCAAUCUGACGUGGUCAGAGGUCGUCGAUUUGAAGCCUGGAAUCAGUCACACGUUCUUCGUCCUCUCAAGACUCCGUAACGAUUCCCUUCGAAGCGAAGCAGCAAACAUCUCGGCAUAUACAAAGCCUCAGAAAGUGUCCAACCUGAGAGUGUCGAAAAAUCGCCCAAACUCUCUGCUGCUCCGCUGGACGCCGCCUGAGGGGAACAUCAUAGGUUACCGAGUGCAGGCCGUGAAUGACAGUAAUGACAAACUGUUUGAGGGGAAUCCUCCUGGGCCGGAGGUGACAGUGACGGGGCUGCCGAUCGGCACCAGGAUAACCCUGAGUGUGGUAGCCAUCGCCUUUAGCGCCGUGGAGUCAGACAACGCGACCAUCGUCAGCUACACCGCCCCGGCGCCGAUUACCAACCUGACCUUGGAGACGACGGACAGCACACUCAAUGCCACCUGGAACCAGCCUACCGGUAGCUACUCGUCCUUUAACGUCACGCUGCAGCUCGACGGUAUGGAUGUGGAGACGCCAGCAAACGUGACCAAGCCUGAGAAGAACUAUGAGAAGCUGAAGAAUGGAGUCAACUACACGGUGAUCGUCCGCACUGUGAGUGGACAUCUCCAAAGUCCGCCACUGGAAAGCUCCAAAUUCACCCUGCCGCUCCCGCCCACUGAUGCCAAGGUCGUUUCCACCGGCAAGGACCGAAUCACCUUCAAGUGGACGGCCCCUGACAACACAAGGACACCCAAGUACCUGGUGAACAUCAGUUCCAGCAUAGGGAACUACAAACAGUCGUAUAAACUGGACAACAUAACCGAACACAUGUUUGAGGACCUGACCUCAGGGACCAAGUACUUGUUUCAAGUGCAAGCCGUGACAGAUACAGCGAAAAGUUCCCCAGUGAGCCUUUCCCACUUCACAGAGGCCGACGAAAGAGAAAUCAGCCUGUCCAUGUUGUGCUCCUCCUCAGAACCUCUCCUCUGUGCAAAGAACUCCACCGAGGAGAGUGUGUUCAGUCAGCUGGAGGCCCAUUUUAGACAAAAACUGGGGGACAAUUUUUUCUGGAAACUCGAGAAGCAAGACAUUUCUUAAUUUUCAAUGAUAUUGAUGAUCUGAUUAGUUAGUUUUAUGUCUUGGUUUUUUCAUCAACGAGUUAUUUAUGCUUAACUGCAGUUUCAGAAAUUAGAAUAUUGUGUCUGUGGUGUGUGCAUGUCCGUGUGGGUGGGGGUGUGUGUGAUUACAUUCAGAAUCUCAAGAAUCAACAAAUGUAAAAAAUCAAUAAACUUAAUACCUUCAA